UGUGAGGCUUUCUAGCGCGCUGGGGUACGACAGUGACCUCUGGACCCGCGGCUCUCCACGCGCUGCUACAGCAGCCCGACCCCCUCCGCCUCGCCGUCCCGCACAAUGGAGUCGGUGGCCUUACCCCGGGGCGCGGGCCAGGCGCCCUCGGUCUUCGCCCUGGCUCCCGAGCGCGCCCGGCCGCUGGCGGACGGGCUCAUCAAGUCGCCCAGACCCCUGAUGAAGAAGCAGGCUGUGAAGCGGCACCAUCACAAACACAACCUGCGGCACCGCUACGAGUUCUUGGAGACACUGGGCAAGGGCACCUAUGGGAAGGUGAAGAAGGCACGAGAGAGCUCGGGACGCCUGGUGGCCAUCAAGUCGAUCCGGAAAGACAAAAUCAAAGAUGAGCAGGAUCUGUUGCACAUAAGGAGGGAGAUUGAGAUCAUGUCAUCGCUCAACCAUCCGCACAUCAUUGCCAUCCAUGAAGUGUUUGAGAACAGCAGCAAGAUCGUGAUUGUCAUGGAGUACGCCAGCCGGGGUGAUCUGUAUGAUUACAUCAGUGAGCGGCCACGGCUGAGUGAGCGGGACGCCAGGCAUUUCUUCCGGCAGAUCGUCUCUGCCCUGCACUACUGCCACCAGAAUGGGAUUGUUCACCGUGAUCUCAAGCUGGAGAACAUCCUUCUAGAUGCCAAUGGAAAUAUUAAGAUUGCUGAUUUUGGCCUCUCCAACCUGUACCACAAAGGCAAGUUCCUGCAGACAUUCUGUGGGAGCCCACUCUAUGCCUCACCUGAGAUCAUUAACGGGAAGCCCUAUGUGGGCCCAGAGGUGGACAGCUGGUCUCUGGGAGUUCUCCUAUACAUUCUGGUGCAUGGCACCAUGCCCUUUGAUGGGCAGGAUCAUAAAACACUGGUGAGACAGAUCAGCAGCGGGACUUACCGUGAACCCCCCAAGCCGUCAGAUGCCUGUGGCCUGAUCCGGUGGCUGUUAAUGGUGAACCCCACCCGUCGGGCCACACUGGAGGAUGUAGCCAGUCACUGGUGGGUCAACUGGGGCUACCCUACCAGAGUUGGGGAACAGGAAGCCCAACAGGGUGGGCACCCUGGUGGCGACUCUGGCCGGGCCUCCAUGGCCGACUGGCUCCGACGCUCCUCUCGUCCCCUCCUGGAGAACGGGGCCAAGGUGUGCAGCUUCUUCAAACAGCAUGUACCAGGAGGUGGAAGCACUGGACCUGGGCUGGAACGACAGCAUUCUCUUAAGAAGUCCCGGAAAGAGAAUGACAUGGCUCAGACCCUGCAGGGCGACCCAGCUGAGGACACCUCCCCUCGCCCUGGCAAGAGCAGCCUCAAGCUACCAAAAAGCAUUCUCAAGAAAAAGGCCUCUACCUCCUCAGGGGCGGUCCAGGAGGACCCUCAGGAACUCAGCCCAGUACCCGAUACCCCAGGACAGCCUGUCCCUGCUGUGGCCCUACUCCCGAGAAAGGGCAUCCUCAAGAAGUCUCGGCAGCGUGAGUCCGGUUACUAUUCCUCUCCAGAGCCCAGUGAGUCUGGGGAACUCUUAGAUGCCGGUGAUGUGUUUAUGAAUGGGGACCCCGUGGAGCAGAAGUCGCCACAAGCUUCAGGGCACCUCCUCCACCGAAAGGGCAUUCUCAAACUCAAUGGCAAGUUCUCACGCACAGCCCUGGAAGGCACCACUCCUAGCACCUUUGGCUCCCUGGACCAAUUGGCCUCCCCUCACCCUGCAGCGCGGGCCAGCCGCCCCUCAGGGGCCGUGAGUGAGGACAGCAUCCUAUCCUCCGAGUCCUUUGACCAGUUGGACUUACCUGAGCGGCUCCCUGAAACCCCACUGCGGGGCUGUGUGUCUGUGGACAACCUGAGGGGGCUUGAGCAGCCACCCUCGGAAGGCCUGAGGCGGUGGUGGCAGGAGCCCCUGGGGGAUAGCUGCUUUUCUCUGACAGACUGCCAAGAGGUGACAGCAGCCUACCGACAAGCCCUAGGCAUUUGCUCAAAGCUCAGCUGAAGAGGAGAGGCAGCGCCCCAGUUGGGGUGGGUUCAGAGAGGGUUUGCAGAUGGCUCCUGAGGAAAUGGGGGAGGGAGUAGAAAAGUUCAUCCAGGCCUCCAAGUCUUCAGCCUGAUGAACCAGAAAGUUGAGGAGGGCAAUGGUACCCAUGCAGGAGGGACUGAGAAGAACUCACAGAUUCCAGGCUGCCGGGAUGUUGUAGUGGGGCCUCAGAGACCUGAUGCGCACUCACUCAGCCAGUGCCUACCUCCGCUAUGCCAUGAGUGUUACCCACCUCUCUGGCUGCCUGUGUCGUGGUGCAUCUUCACACAAGGUCCUGUUCCCGCCAACCACCAGAGUUACAACCCUGAUAUGCCUGGGGGUAAUCUGGAGUAACCUUUCCUCUUUUACUUAAAGAGGAAGCAGCCUCUGGUUCUCGUCUUCCAAACCCAAGCCUUCCAGAGUCUGUCGCUGCUGUGGAUCUCAGAGACCUGAAAAGACUCUGGCUGCUGUUUGACUUCAUCUCAAGGGGUCCAGAUGCCUCUGGAUCCCACCUCAGACCUCAAAGACUUGAGCUUCUGCCUUGAAGCUGCUUGAUAUCUAGACUAUGGGUGGAUGUGUCCAUUUCUCAGGCUAACAGGACCUAGAAUGUGAUUUAUUUAUUUAUUUUUGGUUCUCAAUUUUAUUUUAUUUUAUUUUUUGUUUAUUUUUGAAGUGGAUUUUGCUGCUUUCAGGAACGUGAAUGCUGUGUUCUGGGGAAACCACUGGGCCACUGAACUUCAUGUGCAGAAGUAUUUGGCAGUGAUGUCCCUCUAAGGGGUGGGAGGGGGCAGGGCUGGCAUUUUCAAACUUAGGUCCCGAGCACUGGAUUGGCUGUCUGGUCCCUUCACACCCUAGGCUGUCCACCCUUCCUCAUCUGUGGCCAAAUAAACCUCAAUCCAUUAAACCAG